GCACCAUAAUUUGCCCCGGAAACGUUUUUUGUGUUAUCGUUGUGAAUGGUUAGCAAGUGGUUAGCAUGGACACGCAUCUGUUAAAAAGUGUAAAUAACAGGUUGCCGUAGCUAUUUCCAUGAUGAACUUUGACAGUCUCAACGCCGGGAUGGGGGAGUAUUCAACCAGCCUUCACGGGACUCUGGACACGGGGCUGGAGCCCUCUAUGGACCCUCAUCUCAACCCAACCUUAAUGCAGGCUGUGGAGCUCGAUCCGGAGGGUUUGACUGUGUCGGUCCCCGAGCCUGUGCACCUGAUGGAGGGAAUGUUUUCUGAACUUCACAGCGUGGUCUCAGAAGUUGGCAUCCCAGUCACUGCGGUCCAUUUUGACCUCCAGGAGGAGAUGCUCUGGAUGGGGAACCACAGAGGUCAUGUUACUUCCUAUUUUGGACCUACAAUGGGCCGUCAUUCUUCUUUCCAAGUGCAUGCCACAGAUGACAUCCGACACAUUCACAGUUUGGAAACAGGAGUGCUCUUCCUGUCUAAGUGCAACCUGAAAUGCUACACCCGCGGAGGCCUAGUUAUGUUUGAUUAUCCGAUGGAGGAAGGAGCUGAUAUGCAUAAUCUCCUCAUGACUGACAACAACAUGCUGCUCAUGGGUGGAUUACAAAACUAUGUGGUGGAAGUUGACUUGAACACAGUGCAAGAAACUCAAAAGUUCACGGUUGAAGCACCUGGAAUGGCAAUAAUGCGUCAAACCAAUCGUUUCUUCUUCUGUGGGAACACUUCUGGCAAGAUAACACUUCGAGACCUACGCACUUUCAAGAUAGAGCAGGAGUUUGAUGCAUUCUCAGGCAGCCUGUCAGAUUUCGAUGUUCACGGGAACCUUCUUGCUGCCUGUGGGUUCUCCAGUCGAGGACUUAAUGGGUUGGCCUGCGACCGUUUCCUGAUGGUUUAUGACCUCCGCAUGAUGCGAGCUGUGACCCCACUUCAAGUGCAUGUGGAUCCCCUCUUCCUGCGGUUUAUUCCUACCUACACAUCACGCCUCGUGAUCAUCUCACAGACAGGUCAGUGUCAGUUCUGUGAACCCACUGGACUUGCGAAUGUGGCAGACAUUUUUCACGUCAACACUGUGGGGCAGUUGCUGAUGAGCUUUGACGUGUCGUCCAGCAAACAAGCCUUGGCCUUUGGGGAUUCCGGAGGGUGUGUGCACCUGUGGUCUGAUGUUCCAGAGGUGUCGUUCAACGACUACUCCCGGGAGACGGACUUUGCUCUGCCUUGUCUUGUGGACUCGUUGCCUCAGCUAGACUGGAAUCACGACCUUCUGCCCCUCUCCCUCAUCCCCAUGCCGCUGACGAGCACAGAGCCGCUGCUGUCAGACUGGCCCGCUGCCCUGGCAACACAGAGCCCCAGACGAGCUCCUGCUGUGGACCCAGAAAUUCUUCGUACCAUGAAAACUGUCGGUUUCAUCGGUUAUGCAGCAAAUCCUCGCACACGCCCCCGAAACCAGGUUCCCUAUAAGAUCAAGGAUGUGGAGUUGGAUUAUGAUAAUUACAACCAGGUUCCAGAGUCUCCGAUCGGCCGUGAGGAGGAGCCGCAUCUCUGCCUGGUUCCUAAGAAGUACAGGAAGGUCACCAUUAAAUACUCUAAGCUGGGAUUGGAGGACUUUGACUUCAAACAUUACAACAAGACUCUGUUUGCCGGCCUUGAGCCGCAUAUCCCCAACGCCUACUGUAACUGCAUGAUUCAGGUGUUAUAUUUCCUGGAGCCAAUCCGGCAUCUUGUACAGAAUCAUUUGUGCCAGAAGGAGUUUUGUUUGGCCUGCGAGCUCGGCUUCCUCUUCCACAUGUUGGAUCUGUCACGAGGAAACCCGUGUCAGGCCAGUAACUUCCUCCGAGCCUUUCGCACCAUCCCUGAAGCUUCGGCUCUGGGCCUGAUCCUCGCUGACUCGGAUGAGCAAACGGGGAAGGCCAAACUGGGCCGCCUAAUCCAGAGCUGGAAUCGCUUCAUCCUCACCCAGCUGCACCAGGAGACGCAGGAGCAGGAGGGUCCGCAGGCCUACAGGGGAGCCAGCAGCAGCUCUCUGGGCUCCUCUGGUGAGUCCAUCAUCGGGAAGCUGUUUGGUUGUGAGGUAGAGAACAGCAGCCUGUGUCGCUGUGGGAAGGAGACGGUCCGGUCCUCUCUCACGCUGCUCUUCACCAUGCAUUAUCCAGAACACAACUCUCAGAACAAAACGGUUAAGGAACAUGAUUUUGCUGAGAUCCUGAAGAAAAGCAUCUGUUUGGAGCAGAGCACUCAGGCGUGGUGCGAAAACUGUGAGAAGUACCAGCCUACGGUGCAGACACGUAACAUCAGGUGCCUGCCCGACGUUCUGGUCAUAAACUGUGAGGUAAACAGUGCCAAAGAGGCGGAAUUCUGGAAAGUUCAGGCAGAGUAUGCUUUUAACAAAGCCAUGCAGAAGGAGGCCACGGAGCCAGCGAGAUCCAGCGACCCCCCUCCCAGCAACACAGAGUGGUGCUUAGAUGGGGAGGAGAUCUGCAGCAUGGGUGGCUUCACCUUUGACACCCGGGCAGAAGAUCUACGACACGUCUGGAUCCCUGCCACUCUGAAAAUGUCCAUCAGUAAAACUCAGGGUCUGGAGAUCAGCAGCUGCUCAGAGGGAGAGGAGCUGAGCUCUGCUGAAGAAGCAGAAGGUGCUUCUCUCUAUGAUCUGGUCGUCACGGUGCCCCACGUCCAGGACGCCCGCACAGGUGGGAACCUGGUUGCACACAUCAAAGUGAGCGAGACGUACCACCAAAGGAAAGAGGGAGUCACACACCAGCAGUGGUACCUCUUCAACGAUUUCCUCAUUGAACCCAUUGACAAGACUGAAGCUGCACAGUUUGAUGUCCGAUGGAAAGUGCCGGCUAUCCUUUAUUACGCCAAGAGGAACUACCACACCAAAUACGACCUCCGCAUCAAAAACCCCAUCGAUGCCAGUGUGCUGCUGACGGAGGCCUCGCUGGCUCGGAAGCAGAGGAAGAGUCACGCCACCUUCAUCCCGCUCAUGGUCAGCGAGAUGCCGCAGGUCGGGGACCUGGUGGGGCUGGACGCCGAGUUUGUCACGCUGAACCAGGAAGAGGCGGAGCUUCGGAGUGACGGCACCAAGUCGACCAUUAAGCCCAGUCAGAUGUCUGUGGCCAGGAUCACCUGUGUGAGGGGGCAGGGGCCCAACGAAGGGGUUCCCUUCAUUGAUGAUUACAUCUCCACUCAGGAGCAGGUGGUCGACUAUUUGACACAAUACUCUGGUAUCAAACCAGGAGACCUGGAUGCUAAAAUCUCCUCGAAGCACCUGACCACUUUGAAGUCCACCUACCUGAAGCUGCGCUUCCUCAUCGACACAGGAGUUCGCUUUGUUGGCCACGGCCUACAGAAAGACUUCAGGGUCAUCAAUUUAUUGGUUCCAAAGGACCAGGUGAUCGACACCGUGUACCUGUUCCAUUUGCCUCGCAAGAGAAUGAUUUCUUUGAGGUUCCUGGCUUGGUACUUCCUAGAUCUUAACAUUCAGGGGGAAACCCACGACAGUAUAGAGGAUGCACGGACCGCCCUGCAGCUGUACAGAAAGUACCUGGAUCUGAGUUGUGGAGAUGGGAGCGACGACGUGAGGAAGGUCCUGAAGGGACUCUACGAAAAAGGCCGCCAGUUGGAUUGGAAAGUCCCAGAUUCGGAUACGGGAGAUGGUCCAAUUAUCACAAAAAGUGCUGCUGUCUUUCCCUCUGUGAUGGGACUGUGAGCCGCUCCAGACUCAUUUUCUACUAGUUUGCAUUUCUAUUUGCAUGAUGUACAGUGUUAGUGAGCCAGCGUCUAAACUGUUAUUGGUUUGUUUUUUCAUUAAAAAGAUGAAAGUCA